AUUUUGCAUAAAGCCAUACUUUUUAUACUGCUAUAGUGCUAAUUCAUGAUUACAUAAGUAUCCAAGAUGCCAAUACAUGUGGCCUUCAUGGCCAGGUGUCCAGCCUUCAAGGCCCUUAUUUGGUCCUUACUCAUGGGUACAACAUGCUGUGUUUUCAAGGUUUCUUAAGGCCGGACAUACUGCCUCCAUACAAGGCCAGACAUAUCUGGGGUGAGAGCAGCGACAGCUGUCCUCAUAGAACAGUAGGCAAAGUGGGGGUGGGGGCCUUCCCUACAAGCGACAACUUUACUCUUUCCAAAAGAAGACAGGUUGCACACGGAAAGCCUGUUGUGCUGCUCUCCGCAGCUCAGGGAGUCUGCGGGAAUCUCUCCGCGACUGUCUGCACAAGCUCGCCUCGCAAAACGAACGCCGCGUAUUCUCAACACUGAACAAGCACUAACGUAACCAGAGUGGCGGAGGCUAAGCACGCAUGCGCAGGGAGAAGCUAGCGGCGGGGGCGCGCGGAAUGGGCGCGCGCACGCGGCGGCAGACGGGUGACGGAAGUGUUCGCUGGCGUGGAGGCCGUGGACCCGGGGUGGGGGUGGCGUGCGCAGGGCGGAAGCGCCCCUGGGUCUCCCGCCUCAACCAUGGCGCACAGGCCCGAAAGGAGUUUCCGGCAGCGCCGAGCCGAUUCCAGUGAGAGUGACGGCGGGGAAGAGCAGGCGGCACAGGGGCCCCAGCGCCCUGCGCAGGAAGGGCCGCUCUCUGGAGGGGUCCGCGCGGCGGUCGUGGAGCGGCCCCUUCGCGCCCGGGGCUCUCGGGGCCGGGCGUGGGCCUGUUCCCGGCGUCCCCGCGCGGACGGCGGCUCGGGUGUCCGAGGUGACGCGGGGCGGCGGGGAGGCGCCCCAGAAUCCAGAACUAUUGAUCUUUCGACAGAUGAAGAGGAUGGAACACAUCAUUCCUCAGAAAGUAAGGAUGAUCAGAAUUCAUCUUCCGACAGCUCUAGUUCUCUGGAAGAAGAAUUUUCAUCAGUAGUACAUAUCCCUGAUGCAGCUGUUAUUCAGGCAGCCCGCAGAAAACGUCAGCUGGCCAGGACCCAACAUGACUAUAUUCCUUUGAAUGUAAAACAUACCUCCACCAUGUCUGGUAUGAAGGAAAACAGUGACGAAGAUCCGGAGAGUGAGCCUGAUGACCAUGAAAAGAGAAUAGCGUUUACCCCAAAGCCUCAAACACUUAGACAAAGAAUGGCGGAAGAAACAACAACCAGAAAUGAAGAAACAAGUGAAGAAAGUCAGGAAGAUGAAAAUCCAGAUAUUUGGGAACAGCAGCAAAUGAGGAAAGCAGUUAAAAUCACCAAGGGAGGGAACAUAGAUCUUGCCCAGAGCAGUGAAUUUCAAACAGUGAAGAAGUUUGAUACCUCCAUUUUAUUUCCACCAGUAAAUUUAGAAAUUAUAAAGAAGCAGUUAAAUACCAGAAUAACAUUACUACAGGAUACUCACCGCUCACACCUGAGGGAAUAUGAAAAAUAUAUACAAGAUGUCAAGAGCUCAAAGAGUACCAUUCAGAACUUAGAGAAUUCAACAAGUCAAGCUCUAAAUUUUAAAUUCUAUAAAAGCAUGAAAAUUUACGUGGAAAAUUUAAUUGACUGCCUUAAUGAGAAGAUUGUCAGCAUCCAAGAAAUAGAGUCAUCCAUGCAUGCACUCCUUUUAAAACAAGCCAUGGCCUUUAUGAAACGCAGGCAAGAUGAAUUAAAACAUGAAUCAACGUAUUUACAACAGUUAUCAUGCAAAGCUGAGACAAGUGUAAGGUUGACUACAGAUGAAAAAACUCAAUGGAUUUUACAAGAGAUUGAAUCUCGAAGGGCCCAAAGAAGACAAGCAAGAGCCCUUUCUGGGAAUUGUGAUCAUCAGGAAGGGAUGUCUAGUGAUGAUGAACUCUCGUCAGCAGACAUGAUUGACUUCCAAAAAAGCUACGGUCAGUUUCCAAGGAAGGGAGAUAAGAUAUGGGGAUACAUACAGGAAGACUGUUGCCAUUUGAAUUCUGCGUUACUAGAACAGUGGGGGUUGAAAUAUGAAAUUAUUCUUUGGUUCUUAGAAAAACUGGUGAUUACUAAAAAAGUUAAUUAUUUAAAGUAAUGUUUAAGAGUUUAUUUAUAACAUGGUAAUUUUAUUUGUAAGUUUGACUCUAUAGGUUUAAAACAGAUGCCAUGGUUCACAUCUGUAGAAGAAUUUAUGGACAGCAGUAUGGAACACUCAAACAGACAUAGUUCUGAUAAGAAAAUCUUGUCUGCUAUCAUCAACAAAACAAUUAUUCCUCGACUUACAGACUUUGUAGAAUUCAUUUGGGAUCCCUUGUCAACCUCACAGACAAGAAGUUUAAUAACACACUGCAGAAUGAUUCUUGAACAUUCCACUUGUGAAAAUGAAGUUAGUAAAGGGAAACAGGAUUUACUUUCAUCCAUUGUUUUAAGAAUGAAGAAGGCAAUAGAAGAUGAUAUUUUUAUUCCUCUAUAUCCAAAGAGUGCUGUGGAAAACAAAACAUCACCACAUUCAAAGUUCCAAGAAAGACAGUUCUGGUCAGGUCUAAAGCUCUUUGGCAACAUUCUUCUUUGGAAUGAACUCCUCCCAGAUGACACCUUGCAAGAGCUAGGACUAGUGAAGCUGCUAAAUCGUUACCUUAUUAUAGUUCUUCUUAAUGCCACACCUGGGCCAGAUGUUGUCAAAAAGUGCAGCCAGAUAACAGCCUAUUUACCAGAAAAAUGGUUCAAAAAUUCUGCCAUAAGAACACCUGUUCCCCAGCUAGAAAACUUCAUCCAGUUUUUAUUGCAAUCUGCACACAAGUUAUCUAGAAGUGAAUUCAGGGAUGAAGUCAAAGAAAUUAUUAUUAUUAUGGUGAAAAUAAAAGCUUUGAAACAAGCAGAAUCCUUCAUUGAAGAACACCACCUAGACCAUCUUAAAUCAGUAAUUAAAGAAGUUUGAAUAAACUUUAUAGGAAAAUACUAAAAUGAGACUUUAAUACAGUCACACUCAGCUCCUUUGCUUGGGGGUGGGGAGAAGUGGGUAUCUUUCCUUUAUUCCCAGUAAUGGAGAGGAGGAUUUGCAGAAAAAUAAACUCUGUCCUUCCAUUCCCUCUGUGAGCUUUUACCAUCUCAUAUCAUGAGAGGGCUGCCCCUCCUGAUUCUGUCGUGGUUGUAGGAAUUAAGCACAUGGGCAGUAAGAGUUUAACAUAUUUCCCUUUGAUUCUUUUGACCUUUUCCAUUUCUGUGAACUUGAAGAAACCAUGCUUAUAGCCGUUUUGACUUUGGUGAGUCUUCUCUCCGGAACCAUAAAAACAUCUUUUAGUUCUUGUCAUUGUAAUUGUCUUGUCAUUGUAACUGUCUCUGUUUACAAAUAAGUUAAAAUAGAAAUCGUAAUUGGAAUGAAUUAUUUGUUAAGUAUUAACUGAGUAGGUACCAAAACCUUAAAAUGUCCUAAUGUCAAAUUGUCCUCCAGAAACCUGUACCCAAUGCACCAGACCUUGUACCAGCGCUAGUGUAAGAUGCCAACAUAUCCCCACCAGCAAUAAAUAUUUUUUUGUUCUCAUUAUAAAUUUAAAAAUGGAAAGAAUCUUAUUUUAAUUGUUUUAGCUAUUAGAGAAUGAAUACUUGCUUUUUUGGCCAUUUAUAAUUAUUUUUGAAGUAUCCAUUCCUCUAUUAUGGAUUUUUAAGAGCUUUAACAGAUAUUGAUGUUUCGCCUGUCCUCUUGUUAGUUCCCCUCAUUGCCAUUUCUCUUAAUUCUGUGUAUGACAUUUUUGGUGUACUAAGUCAGUACUUGCAGGUCCUUACUAUUUUAUUAGGGUUUUUGUUGUCAAUAGUAAGCUUAGACGGGAAACAGAUUUUUUAAAUAUUCAGAACAUGUGAUUCACCUUCUGAUAAAAUAUUUGGGUAAUUAAGAAAGCCUGAGACAAGGUAACUGAAUCAAAAAGAAAUUGAGAACAUUUUUCAGAGUGAGAGUUUACUAAUAAUUUUUCUUAAGUCUGUUUGUUAAAUAACGCAAGAGCAGCCCUAAUUAUGUACUCUGCAAAUUGCUGCCCACAAAAAAACAGGAAAAAAUAUUGUAGGAUAUGAACAUUGGCUGGCCUCUGACAUUAUCCCCCCUAGUUUUGAAGGGAUAUAUGUUUUAACACAUUGGUGUGUGAUUUCCACUGCAGUGAAGACCUAUGAUUCACUAAAUAGUUUUUAAAAGUUUAUGUAGGAAUAGAAUCUCAUCUAGAAGCCAUCCAUUGCUGAAAAGCAUUUAGCAUUCUUACAGUUGUUCUCAGAGGUAAUUGCUGUUUUGUUUUGUUAUUUUUGUAAAUAAAAGAUCUGAAAGGAUAGGUGUGUGUACAUACACAUACACACACACACACAUCUGUUUUUACACAAAUGGCUGAUACUUUAUUAUAUAUGAAGCUUGUAAAUUUUUGUACUAUUAAAGUCUACGUUUGGAAAUUU